AGGGGUUAAUCGCCGCACGCUUCGUUCAUACAUCUGGAUGAUCACGUGUCACCAAGGGCGGAGCCUAUGGUCUGUAUUCAAUGAAAUAAGGGGCGGGGCCUCCGACCAGGCGAGAAAUCUCAUUGGCUCAGGGUCUGGAGGGUGAAACAUACUGUACAACAAGUAGAAGGGGGGGCGGUGACAGGAGGCGUGGAUUGGUUGAAGCAUGUUGUGGGCGUGUCCCCGGAGCGGCUGCGGACUGUGGACGGUCAGUGUGCGGAGGAGACGGGCGGUUUUAUGGAGAUAGCCGGUGUGGGCGGAGAGGCUGCCGGGAUUGUGUCAGGAUCAUCAGUCGCCGCCGCUACCGUGAGAAGAGAAAGACGAGCGGGGUCACGUGUGCGGAGCUGCUGUGGGGACUGGACACCUGGACAGGAGUCGCUCUGUGACCACUGAAGAUGUCUGACAAUGGUAUAGACAUCGAUGAUAAACCUCCAGCCCCGCCCCUGAGGAACACCAGCACUUUGAUUGGAAGCAGCAUGAAGGACUCAAUCAACCAUGGCUCAAGGCCUCUUCCUCCGAAUCCAGAGAAGAAGAGUCGGCUUCUGAACAUAUUACCCAGGACUGGAGAUAAAACAGGUGGCAAAAAGAAGCCCCCAGAAAUCUCCCUCCCAUCAGACUUUGCGCACACCCUUCAUGUCGGUUUUGAUCCCGUGACGGGAAAAUUCACUGGAAUGCCGGAACAAUGGGCACGACUGCUGCAGACUUCCAAGAUCUCCGAGGAAGAACAGAAAAAGAAUCCACAGGCCGUACUAGAUGUGCUGAAGUUUUAUGACUCCAAGAAAACCACCAACAGCCAGAAGUACAUGAGCUUCACAGAUAAUGAACUUGAGGUUUAUAAGCCGUCUGACAAUACGAAAUCUAAAGUUGUCUCUGAAGUCCCUGAUGUUCCUCCUGUUUGUGAAGAUGAAGACGACAAAGAGGAACUUGAUGCCCCUCCGGCUGUGGCACCGCGUCCUUUAUAUACAAUGUCGGUGCACACUCGCUCCGUCAUUAUCCCAGCACCCCCGCCGGUCAAAGAAGAGGCGCCCUCACCACCCCCCGAACCCCAGGAACAGAGCGAGCCCCCUGCAGAUGCCUCCGCGAAAUCCACAGACAAAACAAAGAAGAAGCCCAAGAUGUCAGACGAGGAGAUCCUGGAGAAAUUAAGAAGCAUCGUCAGCGUGGGGGACCCCAAGAAAAAGUAUACCAGGUUUGAGAAGAUCGGACAGGGGGCAUCGGGCACGGUUUACAUUGCGUUGGAUGUGGCCACCGGACAAGAGGUGGCCAUAAAGCAGAUGAAUUUGCAGCAGCAGCCCAAGAAAGAGUUAAUUAUCAACGAGAUCCUGGUCAUGAGGGAAAACAAGAAUCCGAACAUUGUCAAUUAUCUGGACAGUUACCUGGUCGGGGAGGAGCUGUGGGUGGUGAUGGAGUACCUGGCAGGAGGGUCCCUCACCGACGUUGUCACCGAGACCUGCAUGGCGGAAGGACAGAUCGCAGCCGUGUGCAGAGAGUGUCUUCAGGCCUUAGAAUUCCUGCACUCUAACCAAGUCAUCCACCGGGAUAUAAAGAGCGACAACAUCCUGCUGGGGAUGGACGGCUCUGUGAAGUUAACGGACUUUGGGUUUUGUGCCCAGAUCACCCCGGAACAGAGUAAGCGCAGUACAAUGGUUGGUACCCCCUACUGGAUGGCGCCUGAAGUGGUAACGCGCAAAGCUUACGGGCCAAAAGUGGAUAUCUGGUCUCUGGGGAUAAUGGCCAUAGAAAUGGUGGAAGGAGAACCGCCAUAUCUGAAUGAAAAUCCUCUCCGAGCGCUCUAUCUUAUCGCUACUAAUGGUACCCCAGAACUGCAGGAGCCGGAGAAGUUGUCUGUUACGUUUAAAGACUUUCUCAAGCAAUGUCUGGAGAUGGACGUAGAGAAGAGAGGAUCGGCCAGGGAUCUAUUACAGCACCCGUUCCUGAAGAUCGCCGAACCCCUCUCCAGCCUCACGCACCUCAUAAUCGCAAGUAAGGAGGCGGCCAAGAAAAGCCACUGAGCGGUGGGACUGCUUUAUCUGUGGACUCCCGGCCCGGGCGCGCGCCCGUUGAGCCCCACUCUUCUCAUCUGGCGCUGCCAGGACACGACCGGCCGCCGUAGACUGAACUGUGAGCCGUGUUUUUAUGUGACCGACCAAACAAGGUUGAAGUUUCUCUUUUUUUUUUAUUAUUUGGAGAUCCCCCUGUUGACGAUUUAUCAUCCCAAUAAAUGGAAACACCUUGGUC